CAAACGAGGAAACCAGGUCAUCACACAUCCUUGGGUAAGUGGGUGGGAUGGAACCAGGGCUGGGCCCCAGAGCUGCUGCUGGGAGCGCCCACCUUCUCACCCCUCCCUCUGGGAACAGCUCCCUGCCGCAGCCCCCCCCGGGGAGUCGGGGGGCGGGGACCGGAGCCCCUGGGGAAUGAGUGGCUCUGGGCCCAGUGCGUGUCCUCUGCGGUCGCCUGUGUGUGGGUGUCCUAAGCGUGCCUGGCUCCUAGAAUAAAGGCAGGGCCUGACCCGGCUUCUGUGUGGGGCCUCGGGAGUUGCAGCGGGGGGCCUACAACCCACCUUUGCUGGCAGCCCUUCCCUGUGGGUGGCCUCACACCAGGUCCUGGCCCAUUGGGCUCCCCCCACCUUUCUCCGUAACAGUCAAGGCAGGGAGGUGCCGAGGCUCAAGCUGCCCCCCUACUCUGGGCCCUGAGAAGAAGGCCUUUGGGGGCUGCCAGCGAUGAGCCGGGGGCACUGACGCGGUGGCUGCUGGGGGUGCCGGACGGAUGGGGCCUGGCCCUGCUUUGUGCGGUUUCUCCCUGGUCCUGCGGCCUGCGUCGGCCAGCCUGCAGGAGCCCCCCCAGGCGAGUGUGGACGGUCUGGUGCGUGGGCCUGACUUUCUCCUGGCUUCCUUCCGGGGUCUCUCCUGGCUUGGCGAGAGCUUGACAGCUGUGGCCUUGAACAAGUCCAGGGGGAGGAGGGGUGGGACCCUGGGCUGGACCAGGAGUCCCAGGAAGGUGGGCUCCUGUGCACCCUCCCCUGAGCCCGACCCUUCUCCCUGCAGCAGAGCCAGCCAAACCCUCAGCCUGUGCCCUCUGCCCCCCCCCCCCAGCUUCAGAGGUCACCGUUCCUCUACAGAAGGGGCCUCUUCCCACCCCCACCCCAGCCCCCUUGUCAGUGUCUCUCCUCCUGUCCUUCUGCAAAGAAAUCAUAAGGAGAGAGCCUGAGGCAGCUCUUCAGGUGGCAGAGCCCCAUCUUCUCCUGGCAGAGCUGGCGAGCUGUGGGCCGGAGCAGUGGCCUUUGAUGCUGUAUCUUUGCGCCGGCUCCCUCCCCCCACGUCUGGGUUGGAGGGUGGUGCCGCCGUGAGCAUUUUUGCCGCCUCCAGCGGGCACGGGGCUUGCGUCUCUCAACGGCACCGUCUUGUCUCCGCGAUGGAUGCUCCCCGCGUCCAGCUGCUCCCGUGUCGGAAAACCCGCCGUACCCCGCUCGCGAAAUUAAAAGAUGCGGCAGCUGGGCCGCUUCAACAGAGAGGGGCACGGGUCGUAGCAGCGCUCCCUGUUUUUAAAUAAUGUUUCUGGUAAUGCGUUUUGGAGGAUGCGAAAAAAAAUUUAAAAAGCCGUAGAAAUGGUAAUGACAUCCACAGGACACUCGGCAGGAAAUGAGCGCGGUCUGGGACUAAUAAAAGCCGAAAUGUAAUUUGUGCAGAUAUACGAGGCGCAGCCUUCAGAGCGGGCCUGGGUUUGCGAAUUCCGGGCUCAUAAACACGGCCCGGGCGGGGAGGGCAGGGCAGGGCAGGGCGCGGUGCCCUCCGCCUGGAACAGGUCUUCCAGGUCCGAGGCCGCGGCGGCGCCUCCUGAAGCAGGAGCGGCCCUGAGUGGAGGUGGCCUCGGCUCGCCAGCCCGGGGCUGGGCAGCGUGGCGCUGCCAAGGGCACAGGGGAGCCCGGACUGGAGGUGGAGUCAGGAGGCACCUCUGGGGCCUCUGGGUCACAGCGGGCACCUUCUCUGGUGUUUGGUCCAAGUCCGGGAUGGACUGAAGGGGGUCAGAGGGUGGGGCGCCUCGGACUGGGUGCCUGCGUCGGACUGGGUGCCUGCGUCGAACUGGGCCCUGGGCCCUCCUGGGGGGACACUGGUCCCUCUCCAGGGCCACCGUGCUUCGGGCCCUGAGGCUGGGCCAGCUGACCACUGGGGGCAGAGGGAGGCUCUCCGCUCGGGUCCCCUCCCUCGUCAGCCACCCUCCCCCAACCCCAUGUCGUCGAGGUGGUAUCUCAGGGUGAAGGGGCUGAGCUGGACCUGCUGGAGAGGCCCCUCCCUGCUCGCUGCUGUGCCUGCUCCCUCUCCUUUGGGCUCCCUUGUUUGUUUUCGGCCCUUCCCAUUGCUCUAGAAGCUCCUAGCGGUGGCAAGCCACCCCUUCCCCCACCACAUGUAAAGUUGCAGCCCGAGGGCCGAACCUGAGCCACAGCAGUGGCAACUCCAGGUCCUUAACCCACGGCACCACCAGGUAACUCCCGUUCCGCUUCUGGGUCGGGACCAGGCACUGGAGGGUGAGGGCCUGGGCUGUGCAGGCCGAGCGGAGCCUAGCAGCGGCGGCAAGCAGCUGUGGGGAGAGCCGGCGCCCAGCCCUGGCUCUGAUGCCCGAGCCUGGAGCCUCCUUGCUCUGUUCUCCGCUGGGAGGGUCUUGGGGGAAACACAGCCCGGAUGCUGCAGCCGCCUCUGAUGUGAAGCCGGUUGCUCUGCCCUGAAGGGCCCCCACCCCACCCCAGGGUCACUGCCUGACCCAGGACCCUGCUUUGGCGAGGUUGGACCCCACGUGCCCGCCCCAGCCCUUAAAAUCAUAAGCAGAUGGGCUCUCAGCCUCACUUUGACCCGGUGGAGGCAGGAGGGGCCGACCAAGAGGGCCAGGGCGGCUUCAGGCUCAGAGGGCCUGCAGCUCCCGCCGCCUCACUCUGGGCCUCGUAACCUGUUCAGGCACCUACGGUAUCAAAAACAGGAGGCAGGUGCUGCCGUUGUGUGUUCCUGGGAGUCAGAGAAGGGGACGUUUUAUGCCUCCAGAGGCUCAGCGGCCCUAAUCGUCUGCUGGAAGGAACAGAUUCCAGAUGGCAUGGCAGUGAUGGAAGAGAUAACCAGCCCGAGUCAUGCAGUCUUUUCGAGAAAGGUGUGGUUUCCAUGGCAAACAACAGAGCUACCCGCAGACCUCACAGCCGACGUCUCGCCUGGAGAACUACAGGCAGCCGAGCCAGGCCGGGCUGAGCUGCGACCGGCAGCGCCUGCUGGCCAAGGACUAUUACAACCCGCAGCCGUACCCGGGCUACGAGGGCGGCGCCCCGACGCCCGCCAGCGCCGCGCGCGCCGGCAAGGGCCUCUCCUCGCAGCAGGCCCUGCAGGGGAGGCCGGCCUUCGCGGGCUACGCCGUCCAGGACAGCGGCCCAUACCCGGGCCGCUACUCGGGCGAGGAGAGCCUGCAGGCCUGGGGGACCCCCCAGCCGCCGCCCCCCCAGCUGCAGCCCCUGCCCGGGGGGGUGGGCAAAUAUGAUGAGAACCUGAUGAAAAAGACGGCGGUGCCCCCUGGCCGGCAGUACGCGGAGCAGGGCGCCCAGCUGCCCUUUCGGACUCACCCGCUCCACGUCCAGCAGCCGCAGCUGCCGCAGCCCCCGCAGCCCCCCGCGUACCCCAAGCUCCAAAGGCAGAAGCCACAGAACGACAUGGCCUCGCCUCUGCCCUUUCCCCGGGGCGGCCCCUUCCCCCAGCACUCCCAGUCCUUCCCAGCCGCCUCCACCUACUCCUCCGCCGGGCAGGGGGCCCACUCCUACAAGGGCUGCACGGCGCCGUCCGCGCAGCCCCACGACCGGCCCCUGACCGCCAGCGCCAGCCUGGGCCCCGGCCAGCGGGUCCAGAGCCUCCACGCUUACCCGUCCAGCCGCCUCAGCUACGAGCCGCAGAAGCAGCAGCAGCAGCAGCAGCAGCAGCAGCAGGCGGCCCUUCAGAGCCGCCACCACGCCCAGGAAACGCUGCACUACCCGAACCUGGCCAAGUACCAACACUACGGGCAGCAGGGCCCGGGCUACUGCCCGCCGGACGCGGCCGUCAGGACCCCGGAGCAGUACUACCAGACCUUCAGCCCCGGCUCCGGCCACUCGCCCGCGCGCUCCGUGGGCCGCUCCCCUUCGUACAGCUCCACCCCGUCGCCGCUGAUGCCCAACCUGGAGACCUUCCCCUACAGCCAGCAGCCGCUGGGCAGCGGCGCCUUCCCCGCCGGCCUCCCCGACCACAGCCACUUCAUGCCCCUGCUCAACCCCUCCCCCACAGACGCCGCCGGCUCCGUGGACGCCCAGGCGGCCACCUGCAAGGCCCUGCAGAAGGACAAGCUGCCCGACGCCCUGCUGUCGGACCUCAGCCUGCAGAGCCUCACGGCGCUGACCUCGCAGGUGGAGAACAUCUCCAACACGGUCCAGCAGCUGCUGCUGUCCAAGGCGGCCGGGCCCCAGAAGAAGGGCGUCAAGGGCCUGGCGUCCCGGGCCCCGGAGCCGCUCAAGAGCCAGCACUGCAGCCCCGAGGGCGGCGGCUACGCGGCCGAGCCGGUGGGCACGCCGCUCUCGGAGCCGCUGAGCAGCACCCCGCAGUCCACGCACGCCGAGCCGCCCGAGGCCGACUACCUGAGCGGCUCUGAGGACCCGCUGGAGCGCGGCUUCCUCUACUGCAGCCAGGCCCGCGGCAGCCCCGCCCGGGUCCGCAGCGGCUCCAAGGCCACGCCCGAGUCCGUGUCCACCUGCUCCGUGACCUCCCCUGACGACAUGUCCACCAAGUCCGACGACUCCUUCCAGAGCCUGCACAGCAGCCUGCCGCUCGACAGCUUCUCCAAGCUGGUGGCCGGCGAGCGGGACUGCCCGCGGCUGCUGCUCAGCGCCCUGGCGCAGGAAGACCUGGCCUCCGAGAUCCUGGGGCUGCAGGAGGCCAUCGGCGAGAAGGCUGACAAGGCCUGGGCCGAGGCGCCCGGCCUGGCCACGGACGCCGGCAAGGCGGCCUUCUCGCUGGAGAACCACAGCGCCUGUCUGGACCCCGUGGCCAAGGGCACGUGGCCGCGGCCAGGGGAGCCGGAGGCCCUGCCCGAGCCCCUGCAACUGGACAAGGCUGGCAGCGCCAAGGACUUCAGCCCGGGGCUGUUUGAAAACGCCCCUGUGGCCUUCGCCACCACUGACCCCAAGAAGACCGCGGGCCCCCUCUCUUUUGGCGCCAAGCCCACCCUCGGGGCUGGCGCCUCGGACCCCACCGCGGCCGCCUUCGACUGCUUCCCCGACGCGACGGCCGCCAGCUCGGCCGACGGCGCCAAUCCCUUCGCCUGGCCCGAGGAGAACCUGGGGGACGCCUGUCCCCGCUGGGGGCUGCACCCCGGCGAGCUCAGCAGGGGGCUGGAGCAGGGCGGGAAGGCCGUGGACAGUGUCGGCCAGGAGAGCACCCGCGAGGCCUCGGCCUGCCUGGGCUUCCCGGAGGAGGAGCCCCCGGGGGAGAAGGCCGUGGGGCCGCGGGGCUCUAAGCAGGAGGAGGCGGGCGGGGUGAAGGAGGAGGCGGGCGGGCUGCUGCAGUGCCCCGAGGGGGGCAAGGCCGACCGGUGGCUGGACGACGGCCGGCACUGCUGCUCCGCCGCCGACUUCGGGGACCUCCCGCUGCUGCCGCCGCCGCCGCCGGGCAGGAAGGAGGACCUGGAGGCCGAGGAGUACUCCUCCCUGUGCCAGCUCCUGGGCAGCCCUGAGCAGAGGCCGGGCGUGCAGGACCCGCUGUCGCCGAAGGCCUCGCUGCUGUGCGGCAAGGAGGAGGUGGAGGAGGUGCUGGACCCCAAGGCCGGCUGGGGCUCCCCCUGCCCCCUCUCUGGGGAGUCCGUCAUCCUGCUGGGCCCCACCGUGGGUGCCGAGUCCAAGGUCCAGAGCUGGUUUGAGGCCUCCCUGUCCCACAUGAAGCCAGGGGAGGAGGGGCCCGAGGGGGCGCUGGCUCCAGGGGAUCCCUCCUCCCUGGCCCCCGACGCCCCUCUGGCCCAGAUGCCCAACAAGCCUGCUGGGCCCGAGGCGCCCAUCGCCAAGAAGGAGCCCGUGCCCCGUGGCAAGAGCUUACGGAGCCGGCGGGUGCAGCGGGGGCUGCCCGAGGCCGAGGACUCCCCGUGCCGGGCGCCGGCGCUGCCCAAAGACCUGCUGCUCCCCGAGUCGUGCACGGGGCCCCCCCAGGGCCAGACGGACGGGGCAGGGGCCCCGGGCCGGGGGGCCUCGGAAGGGCUCCCCAGGAUGUGCACCCGCUCCUUCACGGCCCUGAGCGAGCCCCGCACGCCUGGCCCCCCAGGCCUGCCCACCACCCCCGCCCCCCCAGACAAGCUCGGGGGCAAGCAGCGAGCCGCCUUCAAGUCGGGCAAGCGGGUGGGGAAGCCCUCGCCCAAGGCCGCGUCCAGCCCCAGUAACCCCGCCGCCCUGCCCGUGGCCUCCGACAGCAGCCCCAUGGGCUCCAAGACCAAGGAGACAGACUCGCCGGACGCGCCGGGCACAGACCAGCGCUCCAUGACGCUCCGGUCCCGCACCAGGACCCAGGAGGCCUUCCACUCCAAGCGGCGGCGGCCCUCGGAGAGCCGGCUCCCCAACUGCCGCGCCGCCAAGAAGCUGCUGGCCAACCACCACCUGCCCGCCGCGUUCAAGGCCGCCGGCAGCCCCCAGAAGGAGGCCAGGGCCAGCCAGCGGGCCCGGGUCCCCAAGCCGGGCGCCGGCGGCAAGCCCUCUGAUCGGCCGCUCCACGCCCUCAAGCGGAAGUCGGCCUUCAUGGCACCCGUGCCCACCAAGAAGCGCAGCCUGGCCUUACGUGGCGGAGCCGGGGACGCCAAGGAGGCGGGGGCCGAGGGGUCCCCACCUCUCUUCAAGAGGGUGGCUUCCCCCAAGAAGGCCAAGCCCCCCAAGGGCAACGGGGAGCCCUCGGGGAAGCCGCUGCCCCCCGAGACCCCUGACGCCUGCCUGAAGCUGGCCUCACGGGCGUCCUUCCAGGGGGCCCCGAAGACCAAGGUGCUGCCGCCCCGGAAGGGCCGGGGCCUCAAGCUCGAGGCCAUCGUGCAGAAGAUCACCUCCCCCAGCCUGAAGAAGUUCGCGUGCAAGGCAGCGGGGGGCCCUCCGGGGACUCCUCUGAGCCCGGCGCCCCCCGAGAAGGACCGGGCGCUCAAGAGCGCGGGGGGCAGCCCCCUGGCGGCCGAGGAGGGGCUCCUGACCCUGAGCCCCGGGCAGAAGUUCCCAGCAGCGCCGGGGGCCGAGCCGUUGUGCAGAAAUCCGACCAACAGAUCCUUAAAAGGCAAACUCGUGAACAGUAAGCACCUGUCCUCGACGGACUGUUUCAAAACGGAGGCCUUCCCGUCCCCAGAGGCCCUGCUGCCCGGGGGCGCUGCCCUGGCGCCCAAGAAGAGGAGCCGGAAAGGCAGGGCGGGAGCCCCGGGCCUCCCCAAAGGCUCCCUGGAGAAGCAGCCCCAUCUCGGCCCGGCUCUGCUCCUGGCUCCCCGAGACAGGGCCAACGGCACGCAGGGGGGCAGCGAGGACAGCUCCGGCGGAGGCGGCAAGAAGCCAAAGACAGAGGAGCUGGGCCUGGCCUCCCAGCCCCCCGAGGGCCGGCCCUGCCAGCCCCAGACCAGGGCGCAGAAGCAGCCGGGCCACGCCAACUACAGCAGCUAUUCUAAGCGGAAGCGCCUCACGCGGGGCCGGGCCAAGAACGCCGCCGCCGCCUCCUCCUCGCCCUGUAAGGGGCGUGCCAAGCGGCGGCGGCAGCAGCAGCAGGUGCUGCCCCUGGAUCCCGCAGAGCCUGAAAUCCGCCUCAAGUACAUUUCCUCCUGCAAGCGGCUGCGGGCCGACAGCCGCUCCCCCGCCUUCUCGCCCUUCGUGCGGGUGGAGAAGCGGGACGCGUUCACCACCGUGUGCACUGUCAUCAACUCCCCGGGCGAGGAGCCCCAGCCCCACCGGAAGCCUUCCUCCUCCACCUCCUCCUCCUCCUCCUGCUCCUUCUCCUUGGACGCGACCACCGGGGCCUCCCUCCCCACGCUCCCUGGCGGCUCCGGCCUGCAGCCGCGGCCCUGCCUGCCCCUCUCCUCCACCAUGCAUCUGGGGCCCGUGGUCUCCAAGGCCCUGAGUACCUCUUGCCUUGUUUGCUGCCUCUGCCAAAACCCAGCCAACUUCAAGGACCUCGGGGACCUCUGCGGGCCCUACUACCCCGAACACUGCCUCCCCAAAAAGAAGCCAAAACUCAAGGAGAAGGUGCGGCCAGAGGGCACCUGUGAGGAGGCCGCGCUGCCUCUGGAGAGGACACUCAAAGGCCUCGAGUGCCCAGCCGCCACCUCUGCCACCACCGCUGCCGCCACCGGGAAGCCCCCCAGGCCUGACGGCGGCCCAGCUGACCCAGCCAAGCAGGGCUCCCUGCGCACCAGCGCCCGGGGCCUGUCCCGGCGGCUGCAGAGUUGCUACUGCUGUGACGGUCGGGGGGACGGCGGCGAGGAGGCCGCCCCGGCCGACAAGAGCCGCAGGCACGAGUGCAGCAAGGAGCCUCCCGCGGAGGCUGGCGGGGACACCCAGGAGCACUGGGUGCACGAGGCCUGUGCUGUGUGGACAGGCGGGGUUUACCUGGUGGCCGGGAAGCUCUUUGGGCUGCAGGAGGCCAUGAAGGUGGCCGUGGACAGGACUUGUUCCAGCUGCCAAGAAGCCGGGGCCACCAUCGGGUGCUGUCACGAAGGAUGCCUCCACGCCUAUCAUUACCCGUGUGCCAGCGACGCGGGUUGCGUCUUCGUCGAAGAGAACUUUUCUUUGAAAUGCCCCAAACAUAAGAGGCUGCCGUUGUAAUCCGCCCUCGGCCGAAGCCCCGGAGCCCGCCUGCCUGCCAGCCGCCGAGGGAGAGGAUUCGCCUGCACAGCCCCCGGGCCUUUGCGCUGCUCCCGGCGCCAGUCCCGAGCCGAUCCCCGAUCCAGACCCCGGAUCUUGGAUCUGGCCGCCUCGGGCGGAAGCUGGUGGUCCCGGGUUGGGAAGAAAACACGUUCCGGGGCCCUUUGCUCCCGGAACCUGACGGCACAGGGCCUUCUCGCCCCCAUCCUCCAGCCAGGCUUGGAGAAGGGGAGCCCGCGGAGUGGCCAGACUCCUGGGGGCAGCCAGGUUCCGGCGGGGGUGGAGGGCCUUGAGCCUGGGGACGCGCCUCUUCCCUGGAAGUUCCAGUAUGACCUGGCACACAUUCCACGUGGGUCGGUGGUGGCACACAGCUGAGCACCCCGGGGGUGGGCCGGGCUGGGAUCCCAGAGGCCGAGGGCGGCUCCCCUCAAGAGCGUCCCUCCUUGAACGAGGCUGGGGCUGGGGAAGCCGAAGCCUCUGGGGCGCAGGACAGGCCGGAGGCUGUGCGCCCUUCCCGCUCAGCCUUGGCCAAAACCUUCGUGCGGGUCGGGCAGGGCUGGGAGACUGGGGCCCGCGCUCAGGGGAUGCGGGCUUCCCCGGGCGUGGGCAGCACCAGCCCUCGCUGCUUGUGUUCGUUCCCCCUACCAGUCCGCCCCAUCCCCGGAGUCCAUCCCGGGAACGCAAAAGGAAGAGCCGGGACAGACCGCACUCGACGAGACCGCCCGUCUCCGGGGGCCGCAGUGCCACGAGCACGGGGAGCGGAGACAGCGCUCGAUCCACGUGCACACCCGUGCGCCCCUCUAUAUAUAUGUCACAUAGAAUGUAUAUAUGUUGGGAACAUGCUCGCUUCUCCCUUGUGUCGCCGCCGUGCGUCGUGCGCUCCUCAGCACGGGGCCCUUGCGGGAAAGGGGGCUCCGACGAUGCCCCCUCCCCCACGCAGCCACCACCGCCCGGGCCUGCGCCCGCCAGUUCGUCUGCCUGUCCGUCCGUGUCCUCGGCAAUGUCCACGCUUCGAUAGGCCUGACGCAGCCCCAACCCGGGGCCGCCCUAGCAACUUCUUGUACAUAUGACUGUAAAAUGGUGAGCGUGUGUAUCAUAUCUGGCCUCGUUAUAUAGUGUAUAUAUAUGUAUACAUAUACAUAUAUAUAAUAUAUAUGAAGACUGUAAAUGGUAAGACGAUUAGUGUUCUUAUUAGUAUAUUGCUUCACACUGAAGAUUGUGUGUAUCGAGCUGUUUCUAAAAGAUGUUUAUUUUCCUUAAGAGUAAAAAAAAAAAACAAACCAGUCAUUGCAUUCAGAAAAAAAA